CCCCGGGUUUCCCUCGCGGGCGGGCGCCGGCUGCCACGUGUCGGGGUGGGUCGCGCCCAACGGCUGUGCCGCGUGUGUGGCGGCGAAGGCAGAGGCCGAGGCGGCCGCAACGGAGCCGCCGGCUGUCCGUCCGUCCGACCGCCGUAUCUAAAUGGCUGAUCCAGAGAAAGGAAAGAAAAUCUUUGUGCAAAAAUGUGCUGUGUGCCACACCAUUGAAAAGGGUGGAAAACAUAUGGUUGGACCUAAUCUCUGGGGUCUUUUUGGACGUAAAACUGGAUCUGCUGCAGGAUAUACCUACACUGAAGCAAACAAGAAUAAAGGGAUUACAUGGGGAGAGAAUACCUUAAUGGAAUAUUUGGAGAAUCCUAAAAGCUACAUUCCUGGAACAAAAAUGCUGUUUGCUGGUCUCAAGAAGAAAACUGAACGCUCUGACCUAAUUGCUUAUUUAAAAAAAGCAGCAUCAUCAUGAAUAAAUCCUUUAAUAAAAUGUUUAAUUUAAUUUUGAAAUGCAUUUUAUCUGGGCAGUCAUCUGAAAAUUUAGAGAGACGUUAAUAACUACGAUAAAUUACCUGCUUAUCGCAUUCAAUGUUAAUUUGUCACUUGAUAUUAACUACUGUAAUGGAAAUUAUUUGACCAAUACAAGCUUUCAACUUCCAAAAUAACGUUAGAUACUUUUGAAAAUGUAUUAGUGUAUAAAAUAUAUUAGCACAAUCACAUUCAGUUUAGGCCAUAUGUUCCCUUGGAUUUACAAACAAAUUGCCUUGUUUUGAAGUGUAGUCAAGAAUUAUCUAUUGAAUUAUUGCUAAGAACCGUUGUUUCUUAAACAAUAAAAUCAGUGCACUCCUGUAGCAUUCUUCACAUCUACCAACAUCUGAGUGUAAGAGGGAAUAAAAAAAAAAUUCAAUACAGCAA